AUGCCUGGGGCACCCCUCGGGCAGACGGGGCCAAUCCGCAGGCCCCAAAGAUCCGCCACCAUACACGCUCAGAUUGACCAGGACCUUGCAUAUCAGUUACUACUGCAAAAUGGCCUUCUAAAUCCGUCUAACGGAAAGAGCCCGUCUUUCUCCUCCGAGACAGACAUCAUAGAUCCUUCACGGACCUCGUCUUCUAUUUUCUCCCCUCUUCAUUCUUCUUCAGAGUCUCCUGUCCCAGGACCUCUGAACUUCAGCAGCGCACCGCGUAGCUCAAGUUCCCCGAACACUAUUUCUUCGUUCGACGUCACGUCGUUCAACACGGAUAACCACCAGCAAUCAUGGCUUCCAACACCUCCGCCCCCACAGCCUUUGGCUCAGAUUUCGAAUUCCAACGUCAACAACAACAGCAGCUCCCCACAGGAGGACUUCGUUCUAUAUCCCCCUUGUCCUCAGCCUCGACCCAGGGACUCCUCUACUCCAGUACUCUCGAGUACAACCCCUAGAUUAGCCGCCUACCAUCCAUUUCUGGUUCGUUCCGGGCACCUUCCUCAACGACAAUCCUUCAGUUUGCAGCAGCAGCAACAGCAGCCGCAGCAGCCACGGCAAUUUGCCAGUCCGCCAGUUCAGGUUCCUCGUGUGGCCAGACUUGCCUCGCAGUCUACCGGGUUCCCUCAGUCUUUGUCUCAUCGGUCUAGUCCCUCCAGUCGGAAGCACCUCUUGCGUGUUCACGCCGCCUCCGUGGCUUCGAAUUCUGCGCCGAAUUCCGCCUCUUUGAAUCGCCCACCCGUCCCUCUGUUCCACAGUCCCACCCAUCUUUCGUAUUAUCAGAAUCAGCAGUCGCACCCGACGCAUCACCGUCGCAUGAUGUCUACGCCUAACAUGGCCCACGGUAAGCUCGCGCUGUCCUUGGAGUUGGCUUCUUUGUUAUCAUCCCAGACCCAGACUAAUUCUGUAGAUCUUCCCGAUCUCUUUGAUUUCACAACCGACCAAUUCGGGGCGGACUUCGACCUGUCCAUGCUCUCCUCCCCCCAGCAAAUUCCGACCGGCAUCAUGGCGUCCAAGGAGGCCAUGGCAGAUGCCCCGCCGGGGACCAUCUCGCCCAAGGAUUUGCUCAUGGAUGCUUCGGCUCCCUCGUCUACUUCUUUCACCGACCUCAGCACGCCCUCGUUCGAGUCGCCAGGAUACUUCAGCCAAGAUACCUCCCCCAUGUUCGCAACCGACAUGGAGUUGGCUCCUGGACAUGAGGAGUGGGAUUCUCUCUUCCCCACUCAGGACGCUUUCCCUGCGUUGCCCUUCGACUCAACGACCUUGGACGUGGCCCCCGCUGCCGUCUCCGAGCCUCAGGAGCAGGCCGAGGUGCCUAUGCCUUCUCCUAAGACUCGGUCGCCUUCGACUGCUUCGUCGCCCUCUUCUAACCCAGCAACCAAGCUCUCCCACGUUGCUGGUGUGAAUGCUCGUUCGCGCAAGCCCUUGCCGCCCAUCAAGUUCGACUCGUGCGACCCUGUCGCCAUGAAGCGAGCUCGUAACACCGAGGCUGCCCGAAAGUCUCGUGCUCGCAAGCUGGAGCGGCAAGAUGUCAUGGAGCGCCGCAUUGCCCAGUUAGAAAAGUCUCUCGAGGAGGCUGAGCAGCGCGAGCAGUACUGGAAGGCUAUGGCUCAAGCUCAGACCCAGGUUUGA